CAAUUGUUCAAUCUCUAACAUAAUAAAAGAAAAAUCUUUUAUUUUAUUUGGGAUCUUAUUUAUGUUUUAUAUAGUCUUAAAUAGUGAAAAUUCUGGAAGCAAUGUCGGUCCGCCACGAUUGGUAUCAAUCAGAAACAAAAGUGGUCGUUACUGUAAUGCUAAAAAAUGCUGUAGAAAAAAAUUAUAAUGUAGUAAUAGAAAGAGACAAUAUAUUGAUGACUGCCGAAAAUUAUGAACUAAAGUUAGAAUUAUGUCACCCUAUUGUACCGGAAAAAUCAAGUCAUAAAGCAACACCAUCCAAAGUAGAAAUCAGUCUUGCAAAAGAAACGGGAGAACGUUGGAGUUCCUUAGAAAAAAAAAGUGCGGAAGCUGCCGCGGCUCCUAAUACUCAAAAAAAUAAACAAAAUUGGGAUAAAUUUGUUAACGAAUUUGUUGCAAAAGACCAACAAGAAGCAGUCAGUGACGAAGCACUUAAUAGCCUUUUUCAAAAAAUUUAUGCGGACGGCAAUCCUGAAGUUAGACGUGCUAUGGAUAAAUCUUUCAUGGAGUCUGGUGGCACUGUAUUAAGCACUAAUUGGAAAGAAGUUGGACAAAAAAAGGUUGAAGUGAAACCCCCCGAUGGAUGUGAAUAUAAAAAAUGGGAUUAAUUCCAUUGCGUAUUAACUAUACUAUUUGCAAUCUAAUUUUAUUAACGUUUAAAAUAAAUAUCCUAAAACAUGA